AUGUUUCGUUUUCUAAAUUGCGUAACAGCACCUAAGACUAUAACAAUAAUUUUGUUACUGUUUAUCGCGCCUCCAGCCCGUGCCGCAGAUCGCGCAAGUGUUACAUCUUUUACGCCAACAGAUUCUAAGUACUCUUCAUCGUCUGGUUCAGGUGCUUCGACACAGGGAGAGAGUCACGUUAAAAGGAAUAUAAAAGCAACAGAUUUAUCGGCUUCGGGCUCAGCAACAGCAGCAGCGAAAAGUUAUGAUCCACCACCUGAAUUUUAUAGAGGACCGGGCUCAACAAGCCAAACAUCUUCCAUUCCAAGCUCCUCUGUGACAUCCCCUGGUGCACCAUAUCACAAUCGCGACAGCGCUACAUCCAGCUUCGUCUCUAAACCCAUAACUUUUCCAGACAUAAUUGGGCACAAAAAGCAUAACAGCAACGAUCCCAGCCAGCAGCUCGCAAAUUCAUUCAACAACUGGCAGAAGCUGCGCGGACAAGGCGCUCAGGAUAGGAUCAGUGUGAAACCCUUCGGCAACAGCGAAAUACACGGCCUAACAUCAGGCUAUUCACAUAGCAGUGCCGGUGGGAGCGCGCACCACAGCUACCCAGAGACGCGUCCGUACGCAGAUGGACACUACAUCGACUAUGGCCAGCCUCAUGCUGGCGGUCACUACGGUGCCAGCGGACAUGGCGGCUACUAUGGUGGUGCCAACAGCGCUGAAAUCGGCGCUAUACCCUUCGAUAUUUAUGGCGGUAAAGGCAGCGGUCAAUAUGCGGGUGCGGGUGGUGAGUAUUCAUACACAUACCCAAACGCACCACAUGAGGUACCAGCGCACAAGGGACCGCACGAGCUGUCGUCGAAGGCGCUGUUAGCCAAGAGCUUCCUCAUACCACUCGCCACAGCGGCAGUUUUGGGAAUUGCGGCAGCGUUGGUGAGUAAUCCGCUACUGCUACAAUUGGGUACGUUCUCCGGCUUGCCGGCUGGAGCAACAGUUGUGGGCAAACGACGAAGACGGCGACGAGAUCUGGCGGCUUUGAAAGCGACGCAGGCAGGAUUAGAAACAAGUGAUGAGUCGAAGACUGCCGAGACAGCUGCUGCUGGUGCACACAUCGCUUAUCGUGGACAUCGUCCGGAUCGUGGCAUGGCGCGUGUAUAGCUAAGAACGUAUGUGAAAGGAAGAAUGCCGGCCAACAUGUUAUGCUUAAUUUAAUUUUCCACCUUUUGACCUGCCGGCGGUAGCAACAGUUAAGCACAUCAAUGUGAUUGAAACGAAGUAGAUUGUAUUGUAAGAAUAUACAGACAAAACGGGUAGUUAGGAAAACUACCUACUUAAAUAA